UUGCUUUUUGUUAUAGAUCAAUAUGGACUCGUGGCAAGCUAGAGUGCUUCGCAAUCACGGUCACUUUCACAGUCAUGACAUUCUCUUGACUAACCACAACUCAGAAACCAAUACCAUUUCAAUCACCUACACGGUUCAAUUAAAAACCCAACAAGACAUACCAAAUGUGCAUCAAACACAUCAAGAAGUACACACAGUGUCCCCACACAGGUGUUAAGAUCGAGCAUUGCGAGAUCUACAAAGCCAACCCAGACGCUUGUCACAAGAAAGAGAAGUGCCCGGAAACGAUAAAUGGCCACUGUCGGAAAUGCGGCGGUGGUCCGCAACCAGAGCCCGUCAUUACCUACGUCGACUUCGAGACAAUCUCAUCAUGGAACAGAGAGUCAGCAUCCAGCAUCGAAACACCAUCAAGCCUGAAUUCCGGUGUCGAGCUGAUGAGGAAAGGGAGUCAGAAGGCGGUAGGUGGUGUGAAGAGGUUCAUCGGCAGCAUCACGAGCAAUCGCAGCAGUGGUGGCAGUUCAAGCCUGCUAGACGCAGUCUCAGAGACAGAAUCUCCCUCUAGAGGUGAGAACACCGCAUCUUACCCCAGUACGAUCGAGCUACUUGCUGAGAGUAAGGCGGUCGAUACAUCGACGUCUCAUGCGAAGCGCUGGCAGGGACCUACAGAAAGCUCAUCGGGCCACAUCCUCUCGAGUUCGAAUACGACUGGCGGUAUGCACGAGAUACAACCCUCACAUGGCCGUGAUAUUGAGACUGCUUCUGCUGUCACGACUUGGACGAAAAUUAUUGUGAAGGCUAGCGGAAUACAGGAUUCGGGGAGAGCUGGAGUUUCCCAAGCUGAUGGGGUUUUGUAUCAACAAGAAGUUGAUGUUUCACAAUUCAAUGUGGUUAUGAGCCAAAGCAGACUUGAGGAAUUAGCCAAGGCUGAUGAGAGAUUGGCGAGAGUGAGGGAUGAAAGAGGAUAUAUUAAUUUCAACAUAGUUUGAGUCUGUUGGCAUAGGCAUGAAUUCCGAAGCCACGCAAAAGCAGUAGAUUAAACCUAUGACUGCUGGAUUAUGUUGACCAAUGUUUGAUAAUGCUUUCGAGUCGGAAACAGUUGUUCUUCUGAGAAUGGCUACUGUAGAGGUGUAUACAGCAUCAUACUUCACACGUGCCCUUUAGAACACGAAUUUAUCUAACAUAGCAACACCGCGGUUCACUUAUCACAUAUAAU